AUGCCUUCGUCUGUAGGACAGGGGGAGAGGGCGGAGCAACCGACGCGGAGCCCGGACACCUGGCCUGCACUGGUCCGAGCUGACCUCUGGGAUGCUGCAGGGGCUACUAAGGAAACCAACCCGAGUCCUCCAAACGCUGAUGAAGAUGGAGCCGAUGAGACUGGGAAGGAGAUUGUGAGCCCGGAGGCCUACAUCAAACAUCCACUUCAGAACAGAUGGUCUCUGUGGUUCUUCAAGAAUGACAAGAGCAAAACAUGGCAGGCCAACCUGCGCCUCAUCUCUAAAUUUGACACAGUUGAAGAUUUUUGGGCCCUCUACAACCAUAUUCAGCUGUCAAGCAACCUCAUGUCAGGUUGUGAUUACUCCCUUUUUAAGGAUGGCAUUGAACCCAUGUGGGAGGAUGAGAGGAACAAGCGUGGCGGACGCUGGCUGAUCACACUCACCAAGCAGCAGAGAAGAUCAGACCUGGACCGCUACUGGCUGGAAACUCUCCUGUGUUUAGUCGGAGAGGCUUUUGAUGACUACAGCGACGAUGUGUGUGGAGCCGUUGUCAACAUCCGCAACAAGGGGGAUAAAAUUGCUGUGUGGACAUCUGACUAUGAGAACCGGGAGGCUGUAACACACAUAGGGAGGGUUUACAAGGAGCGCCUGGGACUUCCUAUGAAGAUCGGCUACCAGUCUCACACCGACACGUCUACCAAGAGCGGCUCAACCACCAAGAACAAAUUUGUAGUCUGAGAAAUGCCCCUUUGUGCCUCUUUCAUUUCCUGUGUCUUAUGUGUUGGUGCGAACGUUUACUUUGCUGCAAAGACUCUGCGAAACGCAAUCUGGAGAGAAAGGAAAGUUCAAACUAUGUGCCAAAAUAACCAUAACCAGCCCAUUUCCAGUUCAACAGACAUGUAUUAAACUGUACACAGGUGGUUCAUGACACUAACAGUGAGUGGUGGAAAGUACUUAGAGUGAUUUAUACAAAAUAAAUUUUAUUGAUUUUUAGAUGCCUUUUCUGUUGAAUGGCAGGGAAUCCUGGAAUGCAAAAAUUGUAUAUUUCUCUCCUGUUUUUGUACGGCCUCUGGUUUGCUGUAAUCCUGACAUUAAACACAUUUAAUUUAUUAUAUUAACCUGCCUGCAUAAUAUUAGUGAUUUAAACCUUUGAUUGUGCUUUUUUGUGCCUUGAAUUGUUGCAACCUUUUUAAAGUAUUUCAUGACUCAUAUUCAUUUGAGUGUUAAUAUGAAUAAAACUGGUUUUGCAAUUA